GGCAAAGCUUUUGUUCACGGUGAGGUCGUUGAUGCUUCCGACACUCCCCCGGAGAAGAAAGUCUACAAAUGCCUGAGCUGUGGGUAUUUGUUUGGCAACCUCUCGGACCUGAAGAGGCAUCUGAAGAUCAGGCACCACGUGCACAUGCAGGACAUCGCAGGCAUGGAGCAGAUGCAGAUAUCUGAGGUUGAGGUAGUGCAGUAUGAGGAGGAGAUGCCCACAGUGGCGACAUCUGCAAUGGAAAGCCAAUCUCUACAGUCUGCAGGACAAACAGAUUCAGGUGAACUGCAGCUACAAAUGCCAAAUGAAGAGGGCAGUAUAUCGAUGUCUGCUGUAAACCUUAUAAAGCAGUUGAUUGGUAUGUCCCAGGGAGAGGGUCAAGUGAGAGUUGUUUCAGAGGAUGGACAGCCAGUGAACAUUCCCCAGGAGACCAUUAUUGUCCAUCAGGAUGGACAGUUGCUGUUGACCAGUGAUCCUUCAGGACUGCUGCCAGGGAGUCAGUAUGUCAUACAGUACUACAGCCCUGGAGAUGUGGUCAGUACUUGA